GUCAUAGGCUUGUCGUAGGUGAUUGCAGCUGAGGAAGAGAAGGGCAGUUGAAACCACCACUAGCUUUGGGUUGGAUGCCUCUUCUCAUCACAGAGAUUCCAAGAGGGAUGGAGAAACGUCCGGAGUCAGCUUCCCCUCGCCGCACUCCGCGAGCAGGGAGGGUGGCCAAGAGAGAACUUUCUGGGUCUCUGACUUCCAGGGGCCGCCGUCACAAGGGCACCAAGACAGUGAGGCUCCCUGAGGAACAUGAGAAGAGAGAGGGGCCAAAAAGGGAUACCCAGGAGGCAGAGACCAACGGAGAGGCGGAUAAAAUGAUAGACAGGCCAGUCAAGUCCACGUCUACUGUUGUGGAUGUGGAUAAUGUGAGAGAGAAAGAGAGGGGAGAGGAGAACGAGGAGUUCAUGGCGCUACUAGAGAGUGAGUGGCAGGAGGAAGGCGUGAAGCCGAGGAGUCUUGGAGUCUGUGAGUGGCUACUCAUGGUGAUGGCUCUAACCCUGGUCAUCCUGUUCUUUCCCAUCUCCAUCUGGUUCUGUGUGAAGGUUGUGAGGGAGCAUGAAAGAGCUGUGAUCUUCAGACUGGGUCACCUACUGCGAGGGAGACCCAGGGGACCAGGUCUACUUUUCUACCUCCCACUGCUCGAUGUUUUCCAGAAAGUGGACAUCCGUCUAAAAAUGCUCAAGGUCCCAGCUCACACGGUGGUGACAAAGGAUCUGGUGCGCACGGAGCUGAGCGCGGUGUGUUACUACCGUAUAGAGAAUGUGGCUCUGUGCAGCACGGCCUUGUCGGGUGUGAGUGCCGUGCUGCAGGCCCUGGUACAGGUGGCAGACAGAGACGUUCUUGCCCACCACAACUUCACCCACAUCCUGCUGGACAGGAAGAGGAUCGCCCAGGAGAUCCAGGUGGCCAUCGAUUCAGUAGCUUGUCAGUGGGGGAUCAAGGUGGAGAGAGCAGAAAUAGAGGAUCUUUCUCUCCCCGCUGAGCUGCAGCAGAGCCUAGCGGCAGAGGCUGAGGCUAAGAGACAAGCCCAAAUCAAAGUGAUUGCAGCAGAGGGAGAGAGGGCAGCCUGCGAGGCUCUGAAGGCAUCUCUGGACUCCCUCUCUGGUUCCCCUGCCGCCAUCCACCUCCGUCUCCUCCAGCUGCUACACACCCUCCGCACCGAAUGCCCAGCACUGGUCCUCACCCUCCCCUCGGACCUUCUAACCCUGCCCCGUGACCCCUCACCCUUAGCCUUACCCGCCCCAGCUCCAAACCUGGCUCCAGCCAGUCCCAUCCCAAAAGGAGGAGAAACCAAAGAGGAGCGGAAGACAGACUCGCCGAUGAUGUAGUAGACAGAGAGAAAGGGAAGCAUCAUAAUUCGGGGUGCAUUUCAAUUGUCUGAAGUGGCUGCGCUGGUCUAAAGAGCUGUGUGGUGGGUACCAGGGAACCUGAUUCUGCCUCUCCAGUUCUUUCAUAUCAGUGCUGAUGAAGUGAAGAAAGCAGAGGACGCCACUUUCGACUAUUGAUAUGCACCCCUCAUAUCAGAUUGAAGAAGUGUGAAAAUCGUAUUCUAUGAUUGUUUUGUUUCUUCCUCUGUAAAGAAAUGUUAGUCCGUAUAGAAAUGAGUGUUUUUAUUGUAUGAUUUAUACACCACACUGAUGACACACUCCACCUACAUUUAGACAGUGUGAGGGUAAAUAGGGUCCAUAAUAAAUCAAUAAUAAUUAUAAUAAUAUCAUUUAAAAAAAGGAACCAUACAGUAUCAACAUGAUUAAGGAAACAUGUUUCACACCAUUUUUAUUUUUCAUUUUUUAUUUAACCUUUAUUUAACUAGGCAAGUCAGUUAAGAACAAAUUCUGACACAUUCUUAACAGUAACCCUGUAGGACAUGAUUGCUUAACAAAUAGCAUGCAAAUUACAGAACAACAAAAAAAGACAAAUUAUUAAAUACUGUUGAAUGCCCAGACA